UUUAGAACAGAUGAGGAUCAGUGCAUAAGAAGGCAUGCACAGUUUUUACUUGGAAGAAGGGACCCUGACUAUUACGAAUUUGAAGCUCAUAUAUUUUUCGAUGACGCUUUUGAACCUCACAAAGACGACGAGUUUGAAUUUACAGUCAAUGAGUAUGUCAAACUGUUGAUGAAAACCAUUCCUGUUUCCGCAAGUUCCAUUCAUGGUAUAAGCUUCAAACAGAAGCCCCCAGUUUCUGUAGCCACACCCUAUGGUGGACGACUUGUUUGGACAUUACCUGGUGGGAACAAACUUAUAGCACAUCUGAAAGACAAAACAUUUAUACGGCAUCGAAAACGUUGGAGCCAGGUAAUGUAUAUGUAUUACUUCCUUGGAUAUGAACUUUUCAACAAGGGUUUAAAACGAAAACAGUUACAGAAAAGAGCGGAAAAUACAUUCCUACUCGCACUUGACGGAGAUGUCGACUUUCAUCCACAAGCUGUUCUCUUAUUGGUUGACCGUAUGCGGAAGAACCCCGAUGUAGGCGCGGCUUGUGGAAGAAUUCAUCCAAUAGGAAACGGGGCGAUGGUAUGGUAUCAAAAGUUCGAGUAUGCAGUCAGCCAUUGGCUCCAGAAAGCUGCAGAAGACAAAUUCGGCUGUGUGUUGUGUAGUCCUGGGUGUUUCAGUCUAUUCAGAGGUUCUUCAUUGAUGGACGAAAACGUCAUGGCAAGAUAUACUACCCCACCCACCGAACCAAGACAUUAUGUACAGUACGAUCAAGGUGAAGACAGGUGGCUGUGCACGCUCAUGUUACAACAAGGUCAUAGAGUUGAGUAUUGCGCUGCAUCAGAUGCCCUUACCUACGCCCCUGAAGGUUUUUACGAAUUUUUCAAUCAAAGGCGACGCUGGACACCAUCUACCAUGGCUAACAUCAUGGACCUUUUGACUGACUGGAAGAGCGUCACCAAAAAGAACCCUGAAAUAACCCUGGCCUACAUAUUUUAUCAGGGACUUUUGAUGGUUUCCUCUAUCCUCACACCUGGAACAAUAUUUCUGAUGGUACUGGGCGCUAUCAAUUUAGCUUAUCCAGCAAUUGAACUGUGGGUGGCCCUCAUUGUCAACGUUAUACCUGUAGCAGUGAUGAUUUUGCUCUGCUUCAAAGCGAAGACGGAUACACAAUUGUUAUACGCGGCGAUAUUGUCUACAGCGUACAGUUUGGUCAUGAUGAUAGUUAUAGUGGGACUCCUCAAACAGGCGGCAGAGUUUGGACUAGAAUCCAUCACCACCGUUUUCCUCAUGUUUGUAGCGGGCGUUUUUGUUAUAUCUGCAUUAAUACACCCACAGGAGUUUUGGUGCAUAAUUCACGGUUUCUUGUACUUUUUGGCAAUCCCAUCCAUGUCAAUGAUAUUGAUGUUGUACGCUCUAGGAAAUCUUCAUGUCGUAUCCUGGGGGACAAGAGAAAAUAAAUCAGCAGCCGAGCAGCAGGUAGAAAAGAAAAAGGAAGGCAGGUUGUCGGGUGUUUUCUCGGCGUUCGCUGGGUGUUGUCCUUGGGGAGAGAUUUUCACGCAAAGAGAAGACGAGAAAUUACGCAUCAUUCUGGACCGACUGGAAGGUGUAGAAGCUGGUAUUAGAGGGAUGAGCACCAUCGGCAGCCACCGAACCGACACCGAUUCUCUUAGUGUAAGAGCAGGUACCCCAAUUAUGAUGGGUUACGACGAACCAAAGGUGCCAUUCUCGCUGGAUCCGAUAUUUUCUGGUCAAGGGAAUAGAACCAAUCCGAUGUUUCAAGAGGAGAAACAAAGACCACGUGACCGAAUGCGCGACCCUUAUUGGAUGAAAGAGGAUACAGAAGUGCGUAACUUGAAGACGGACUAUAUAAGUGCAGAUGAGACACAGUUUUGGCAGGAAUUAAUCGGAGAGUACUUAAAACCUAUCGAUGCAGAUAAAAACAAAGAAAAAGAGAUUCAAGCGCAAUUGAUUGAGCUGAGGAACAAAGUCUGCUUGAUAUUCAUCCUAAUUAAUUCACUUUUUAUCAUCAUCGUCUUCAGUUUGCAGCAGGUCGUUGCUGAAAGCGACAGUCUGUCUAUUAAAUUACCCUGGGUGGAAGGAGACACGGUUGAAAAGGGACAAAAAAUUGAGCCAAUCAGCGUUGCUUUUACAUUAGUGUUUGGUGUCCUACUGUUUGUCCAGUUUAUAUGCAUGUUGAUGCACAGGUUAGCUACACUUCUGCAUAUAUGUGCAGCAACAGAAAUCUUCAAGAAGAAACGUCAGUUCAAGAUGCCUGGGGCGGGCGCGGAAGAAGCAGGGGAGGCCUCCGACACAAGUCCAGGUACGGCCAUGUCGUAUGAUCAGGUGUAUGAGCUUGUACGAGAUUUGCAGAAAGAUCAAGAUGCCGAUUCAGCUUCUCUCACCUCUGUAUCUAGUUAUGGAGGCCAAAGUGAGAUUGACGAUGACGAGGAUUCAGCAAUAAGGAGAAGAGAAACACGAGAAAGAUGGAAAAAACUGGCCAAGAAAAGGCGUACAAUUCAUGAUAAUACACUUGGUGCAAACUUUAAAACAAACCUAGACAGGAUACAGUCUUUGAUAAAAGAAGAAGACAGAUUUCGAGACAUUGAUGCUGAUCAACCUGAUGAGGACACAAAUGAGAGAGAGAUCGAAUAUUUCAAAAACAACGGUCACUUCAACAGAAUGCGAAAUAAAUCCUUGCAUACAUUAGCUAUGAUGUCAAAAGACAAGCAGAUGAAGGAGAGUCUAUCUAAAAAGCACAUCGUCCCAAAUAAAAGAUUUAAAGAUGUUGUAGACAAAAUCAAACUUUUGAAUCCUAAUAGAAAGAUGUCUGACAUUGUAAUCCUGGCUAAGAAAAAAGAGCAAGAUGAUUUUCAGGCUCUUGAAGAUAUUGACGAAGCAACACCGGUUCCACAGAGGCACGAAAUUCAAGUACAUCAGUCAGAGAAUGACGAACCUGACUAUACAAACAUACAGGAAGUUAAUGACAAAUCUGACGAGGUUGUAGAUAAACCAGCUUCUCCCAUAGAAAGGCGAAGGCUAUCAACUGAUAGUGAACCAGAAAUAGAAGUGAAGCCAGAACUUGUUAUUCCAAAAGUAGAAAAUGACGAGUGGCCUGAAGAGGACCAUUACGCGGUAGCUCAAGAAUCGAUGGACGUGCUCUUUUAAAAAGGAAACUGGCUACAGGUUGUCAACAGUUUCACUUGAAUCCUAACACAGAUUAUACACUUUCUUCAAAUAAUCCAUGAUAUAACGAUAGUAACUGGAUAUUACCCUUAGGCUAAUACAAUGGUGUGAUUGUAGAUCAUUUAGAUGUUACAUUCUAUGGUUCCUCGUUGCUGUUUAACUCACAGCCUGCAAGCAAAGCUUCACUAGGAGUUUUAAAUUAUAUUGCUGUCGUAUGAUGGUUGUUUGUGUAAAAAUAGUUUCAGUAGAUAACGUGUAUUUAUAGAGGUUCCAUUGAAAUUUGUUCUAUUUCUGACAGGUUUAAGCACAGUGAUCAAAAAUAUGAUGUUUACAAAGGGUAGACAAUUUAGUACAUUAAAUACUAAAUGAAUGACUUGCAUUGAGGGUCAGUAGUCAAACCUAUUAAUCCUCUGUUGUCUGGACCAUGGGCAAUGCGUUCCAAUAUUGAUCAGAAAGCAAAUCAAUAAGUGUUUUAUUAUAUGACCUCAGAAAUUAAUUUUCUUAGUUAAUCCAUUAAAUAAAUAAACAUGUGCUGAUAAUAGACCGGACAUACAACAUUGUGGACUAGCGAUUUGUAUAGUCAGGGAAUAAUUUCAAUCAAUCAAUAUUCGAUAAUUCAUUUAUAGUCAUAAUAUGUUCAUCGGCAUGAAAAUGUUAAAUGAUGUUACAUGGCUAACAUUAACAUUUUCUAAUGGAAAAGCUAAUAUGUAUAUUCAAAUGUACGCAUAUUUCUUUGAUGAAAAUACAUAACUAACAUUAAGAAUCUUAAUGUAAAUAUUCAUACUUUUGUUUUCAUAA